AUGGAUCCCCUAUAUGGCAGACAGGCAUCCAAAACCCAGGAGGAGACAGAGCUCCUCGAAGAGGACAUUCCAGACAGUGUGAGGUCACACCGGCUACAGACAAACGCGAAACACCAGGUGAAACACAACUAUGAGAUGGAUUCCUCGGACGAGGAGAACGAGGCUGAAAACGGCGACGAUGCCGCCAGCAAUGAGAUUCCGAAACUUAUGGACAUGGGAGAGUUCGAGGGCUUGGAUGAGGUCGAGGCUGGAGCUGCAUCAGAUACUGAAGAAAACAAGGCAGAUGUGGAUAUGGAGUAUUACAACAACCCGGAAGAGUUCCACGGACACCAGAAACCUAGAAUGGAGCCUAAAAUGGAUGCCUUUAACCUCCGCGAGGAGCAGGAGUCUGGUACCUUUGAUAUCGACGGAAACUACAUCAAAAAGACAAAGGAGGAGCUUGAGGAGGACAAGGAGCACCAGGACGCUUGGCUUAACGAUGUCGGCGCAAGCGAGAUCAAGCGAGCCCGCGAGGCUCACGAGUUGAGAGAGGAACAAGAGAAGGCAAGGCGGCGGGAAAAGGCUGCGCUACAACAGGAAACACCGAUUGAAAGCUCGCUUUUCCCGUUGAUAGAGGUGCUACAGCCAGCCGAAACCUCCAUGGAAGCACUCCAACGGUUAAACGCCAAGCUGAUGCAGAUCAAAAAGCAGUUUAAGCGGCGCAAGGGCGCUAGGAUACAGCAGAUGGAGGAGACGUACCCUGAGCUAAAGUCAACCCGCGAGCACAUCGAGUCGAUUACGAGUUUGUGUGAUGUUAUAGCGGAGAAGGGCAUCAACGAUAUCUACGAGCAGGAGAGAGAGGAGCUUAUGCGGUUAUACAAGAAACACAGCGGGAAGGACUUUUCUGUCGCCAGGGGUCAGCAGGCCAACAAGCGAACGGCCGAUGACGCUGGCUUGGACGUUCAGAGCGAGGCAGUGGACAGUGGAACGGUCGAGGCAAACAAAAAGUGGGUGUUCAGGUGGGUUGGCGACUCCGAGAUCCAUGGCCCGUAUUCCAACUAUGAAAUGAACUACUGGAAGCAGACGUACUUUGACAACGGCGUGGAAGUGAGGAACAUUCAGGAAGAGUCCCCUUUUGUGCACGUUCAAUCCGUUAUGGAGUUUACGUAG